CUCUUGCAUCCCUCCAUAUCUCUCCCACGAAGCCACUGGCCAUGGCAGACAUCACUGACCUCCCCAGUCCCCGGGCAAAGCGCUCACGAGUCAAGUCCCAGAAGGUCCUCGAGAAUGAAGAAACAAGACGCGCUCUGCACGCCGCCCAAGCUGCCGCCGCCGCAUACGCCCCCUCAAGCCCUGCUCCCCCAGCUCAGCCGAGGGCCAAGAGACAGAAAAAGGAAGCCGACACCUACUGCCUCUGCAAGAAGGAUACAGAAGGCCCCAUGAUUGAAUGCGAUCACUGUAACGACUGGUAUCACUUUGUCUGUAUACACAUGCACGAGGCAGAAGCAGAGCGUAUCCGUAAGGUUGACCCGACUCGCACUCCGGUCGAUACUCACCGCGGAGCAGACAGCUAUAUUUGCCCAUUAUGUUCGGAAAGCACGACCAUGCGAACCACCUGUAAGUGUCCGUCUUCCCAUAGCCACAUAGUGUUUUAGCAUAGAAUCAUUGCUUUAUUCAUUCAUGAUCCCCUCGGUUCAUCUUUGUGCAAGUCUGCUGCAUUUCCACGGCUUUCUUGUGGCAUCAAGGCCACUGCGUGUGUCCUGUUCCGCACAUUCAACUGUUGACGCUGUGCACGACUCUUCCGAGUUCGUACGCGCUGGCCGUCCUUUGCUAUCACAGUCGUGCAUGAAGGGAAUGGCCGAUUGUCUGCUGUCAUGUCUAGUCAGGGGCUGUCGAUCAUGUCGAGGACCCACUCUUUGCCCUUGUUGACUAGAAUGUCGACUUGCGAGGUGCCGAUGUGCCUCCUAUACUUGUCCCUGGCCCAUACAUCCCCCAUGCUUGUCUCGUGAUGUAUAUGCUCAUGAAGAUACACAGACAUCAACGAUAUCUCGACAUACGCCUCACCAUCACCACCCGCUGGCCUCAACAUUGCCCCAUCAGCAACGACCAAACGAAAGAAAAAGGCCGUCGAAUCUCCCGCCACACCCACCCACUCCAGCCCCUCUGGUUCAUCCCACCGGCCCUCAAACAGCUCCCGCUCCCCAUCUCCCCCGGAAUCUCCCGCCCUCAAACGUCAGCGUGUCCCGUCAACCUCAAAACCGACCCCAGUGUCCGCCAAGCGAUUUUCAACUAGCCAACGCAAGACGAGUCUCGCCAAAGCCGACACAGCGGCUCUGCCUCCUAUUCGUACCUAUGUCCGGUCCAAGCUCUUGCCUCUUAUCCAGAACAUCUUUGAGGGGAAUAUGGAAGGUAAAGAUGUGGAGGAGUAUGUGAAUCAAGUGGAAGACGCCAUGUAUAUGCAUUUUAGAGAGGUCGUAAAGGGAAAAGAAACUGUUGGGAACCGAUACAAGACACAAUUCAGUCUUCUCAGCAACUCUAUGACCAAAGGUCUCCGCCCGUCUCUUCUCUCCUCUAUAGUAGCCAAGACCCUCUCACCCUCCGCAUUUGCACUCCUCUCCUCUGCCGACCUCGCCUCCGAUGAACAGCUCGCCGCCAUCUCUGCUGCCAAACAAGCCAUCCUGGAGCAGACCGUCAAGGGCAACAAGGUCAAAGAAGAAGAGCGCGCGGGACAAGCGAUCCGUAUAGGCCGAGAUGGGUUUGAAAAGGCCGAAGACUGGAAAGAGCGAGAAAUGCGAGAAGUCAUGCAAGUGGAAGAUCGAGAGAAGCGGAGGGAUGAAGAGGCAAAGAGAAAGAGGGAGAUGAUGGAUGUAGACAGCGAGAGGAUGGUGCAUACCGAUCUCGAUGAAAGACCCGUGUCGAUAGGCAAGAGUGAACCUACGUUAUCCUCCAGGCCAGAGGUGCUGCCCAAACGCUCUUCUUCCACCACGGUCAAGCCCGUAGCUGGCUCGCCACAGUCGGGAUCGCCGUCGGUCAACAGACCGACUUUUGCGUUACAGUCGGCUUGGUCUGCGGGAUCGGGGAGCGGCGAGCAUGAGCAUGCUUUCCUUGGUUCUGGUGCACAAGACCAGGGGGAGAUUGAACUUGACCUGGGUGAUAUUGCUGUUGCCGAGGUUGAUGUUGAUUACUCGGUGGAAUAUGGACACACCGAAGAGGAGCAGGGAGAGUCGGCGCAGUUGAGUGAUAUGCAGAGGUUUGAAUCAAAGACUAUCGCAUGGAGAGGAGGCCUCGUAAACCCAGCUGCCCCCUCCCCUCAAAUCCCGCCUACGGUCCUUCGACUCGUCUCUCCCGCCGCACCACACAAUCAAAUAUCCCCCUUGAUCCUCCCUCACCCCAAUAUCGAAAUCACCGGACGUGUCCCUACCAAGAACUCUCUCAAGUUUCUGAGUGAUAUGCGCAUGAGUCCAGCAAAGGAGCUUGUCUGUGGUAUCUUUAGUCUGGGUGAUGAGGCUAGCGAGGAGGAGAAGGGACGAUGGGAUGAGAUGAUUGGAGAUUACCUGUCGAGAGAUCGCCACGCCAUCUACCUACCCUACGGCCAACACCCUCUUCCAGGCGCCAUCAAAGAGAUCUACAUGAUACCCCUUCGGCCUACCGACGCAUUGCCCGAUUUCACCGACCUCAUAGACGGCUUGGACGUGCCGAAGGAAGGACGGACGGGGAACGUCUUCUUAGGCGUGCUGGUGGGGAGUAGGAAACCCCCUGUGGUGGGCAGGCCUGCCGGGCAACAAGGAGUAACACCGCCGCAUGAUCCCAGGGCGGCUGCGCGUGUAUCAUCAGCAUCUUCCUCGCACCCAACUUCCAAGCCAUCAUCCCUCCCUGCCCCUCCCCCGUCUCUCCCAUCUCGGCCUCAGGUGGAACAACCACCCCUUCCGGCUGCGGUACAGCCAAACCCAGUGGCAGCUGCCAGUCCUCUAGCGGGCAUACAGAAUGAAAAACUCCAGGCGCUCAUGGCGAGUCUGAACCCCGCCGCUCUGGCGGGACUCUCACCUCCCCAACCGUCACUGUCAACGCCCGCACCGGCGCCUGCGCCGGGAGGAUCUACCUCAAACGGCCCUCAUGCUGGCUAUCCUCAGCAGGGUCAAGCAUAUGGUUACACGCCGCCCCCGCCGCCAGCUGGCCAUGGCGCACAUAAUGGGACACCACCAUCGUUCCCGCCUAGAGGGUACCCUCCGCAGAAUGCGCGAGAGGGCGAACCGUAUCCUGGAUUCCCUUUCCAGCCUCCUCCACAGAAUAUUGGCAGGGGCGCUGGGGGAAAUGGUGGAAAUAGGUGGGGGUAUUGAGUCUGAUGAGAAGGGUCACUUGGACGACAAGUGGGAUUGUACAGGAGGCGCUGGCGAUGCUGCGUGCGUGCUUUGAACGUGGCGAGGUGCCUAUGUAGUUGAUUUUCAUUUAUGUAGUUUAAUAGUGGGUCAGAGCCACCCUUGAACAGACCGCAUUAAACUUGAGAACGCAUUCAACUGACAGAAAAAUGCGACGGCGGCGUUGACAAUUUAUUUCUUUUUUCUAUCCAUCGCAAAAUCACCCCUUCC